CAUUCCGGUACCCGGCAGUCGCGUGUUAGGGUCCGUCCGUGACGUGUUUUCGGCAUUUGCGUUACCGUUGGUCCGUGGAAAAAUUGCUAUUAUGACUACUGAUAAUUUGUUCAUUGGGUUCUUAAUUGAACAAAUGCAAAAAUAAGCUAAGACGAUCAGGUAAUAUGUAUCGACGACACGAGUCGCUCAUCAGUCAGGUGACCAAAACGGCAGAUGACGUACCUGUGAUCGUGACUAGAUUGGCUAGCACGGAAAAGAACGACAUUGAUUACUAUCCCUUUUCACAAGUACUGCGAAUACGUGUCCUACAGAUCGUUUGUGGCAUACUUGCAGUCGUCAUGGGCAGCGUGGCUUGCAUAGAAGAGAAAGGUUCGUUUGGCAACCUCGGGCUGGGCAUACCGACCGGACUCAGUACCGUACUCGCUGCAGCGUCCAGCAUCCACACCAGCCGUCUGUUCAGCGGGUACCGGGACACGCUGAUGUCGUCGUCGUCCGGCCGUCCGAGAGUGUCCGUUCUCCGCCUUUUGGGGCCCACCACGCAAUCGGCGAUCGCCGUCGGCAUUUUCUGGCUGCUCGCCCUCGCGCUGAACGCCGUCAUGUUCGCGCGGGCCGGGCGUACGCUUUUCAACUACGACGGUUCGACCAGCUCUAACCCGACGUUGUUUUGGAUGGCCAUCGUUCAUCUAACGUUGACGUCUCUCGUCCUGUUCGCGGUGGGCGCGAUCGCUUGGCUGGACUGCCGUCACGACCCAGACUGACAAGAGCUGUACACGGGCCAUCGUCCAGCCGAGCCACCGAUGAUGUCCCGGCCGACGACCAGCAGCUCCGUGACCAUCAGCAUGACGACGUUCACGCCCGACCCGCAAUCGUCGUCCGUCGGCCAUCGGCUCACGCCCGGUCCCAGCCUGUUGGUCAGAUCCUGUUAGCGCGGCGACGGCACACGACCCCGCGACCCCUGUUUUCCGGAUACGACCGCGGCGACGACGGUUGUAAUAUAUAGUGAUAAUAUUAUUAUGUGUCCACCGUCAGUACUACCGCGGAACGACCGUCCGACACAAAAACGAAUAAAUUUUGUCGUUUUUUUUCUUUCUUUUUUUAACGUGUUUUUUUUUUUUUUGUUAGCUACUGUUUUAUUGUUUCGACAACGCGCGCCGUCAUUAUACGACCGUCAUGCGGAACGAUCGGAUAUACCCAAACGUUGUGGACACGAAUUCCCCAUAAAUUAAAUUAGAUUACAUUUUAAAAAAAAAUGUUAGAAACAAGUCUGAAUUAGAUUAAAAACGAGAAGACACUCAUGACUGCAAACGGGUUUUCUGAGUUACUCGCGUGUACAGUAAUUUUUUAAGUGUUAUUUUGAUUUAUAUCGAAAAUUGUGUCGAAAUACAUUUUCAUGUUCAGAUUUUAUAUUAACAAUUAAGAGUAAGACAAUGUAUACAUGUAUUAUUUUUAGAAGAGCUAUUUUUACUGUAUGAAAAUUAUUUCAAAAUAUGAAAGUGAGCGAACCCAUUUUCCAGUAAUUAUCAUUUUUAACAUUUCAUAAUAAAUAAAACCAAACCCUGUAAUAUUAGUUAACAACCGGAAUU